UUGAAAUAUGUCAAGAUCUGUCAGUGCUGACAUUCGAAUAAUAAUAUGAAUCAGAUUAAUAAACAUUUUAGCAGAUAUAUAAAUAGCGUUUUCAGGAUUUUCCAAAAUGGGUAUGCUACUCAGCGUGCCAAUACCAGAUGUAUUAAAGGGGCAGGUGAUAUUUCUCAAAAAUAUCCAAUAGUCAAUCACCAAUAUGAUUGCGUUGUUGUUGGUGCCGGUGGUGCAGGACUUAGGGCAGCUUUCGGAUUGGUCAUGAAUGGAUUUAAGACGGCAUGUUUAACCAAGUUGUUUCCAACGAGGUCCCACACUGUUGCCGCACAAGGUGGAAUAAACGCGGCUUUAAGUAACUACGAAGAUGAUUAUUGGGUGUGGCAUCAUUAUGACACUGUUAAAGGCUCGGAUUGGAUAGGAGACCAAAACGCUAUCCACUACAUGACGAGAGAAGCACCCCGAUGCAUUCAAGAGCUAGAAAAUUGGGGAAUGCCUUUCUCCAGAAUGAUGGACGGCCGCAUAUACCAACGAGCUUUCGGUGGUCAAACUUUGGGCUUCGGCGAAGGGGGUCAAGCCCACAGGACCUGCGCCGCCGCCGAUUCCACAGGACAUUACAUGUUGCACGCCCUCUAUGGUCAAGCAUGCAGACAUAAUGUUGAUUUUUUCAUCGAAUUUUUCGUGAUGGACUUGCUGAUGAAAGAUGACGUGUGUCAGGGUGUCAUAGCUUGGAAUUUAGAAGAUGGGACGAUACACAAAUUCUGGGCCAACAAUACCGUCAUAGCUACGGGUGGUUAUGAAAGAUCAUAUUUCUCUUGUACUGCUGCGCACACGUCUACAGGCGAUGGUACCGGGAUGGCAACCAGAGCCGGUUUACCCCUCCAAGACUUGGAAUUCGUCCAGUUCCAUCCGACGGGAGUUUACGGCGCCGGAGUCCUGAUUACAGAAGGCGCACGCGGCGAAGGAGGAUAUUUUGUCAAUUCGAAUGGAGAAAGGUUUAUGGAAAGACACGCCCCCAAUGCCAAGGAUCUUGCAUCCAGAGAUGUGGUAUCCAGAGCUCUUACAAUAGAAAUCAUGGAGGGUCGAGGCUGUGGUCCCAAAAAAGAAUACAUCAACUUACAACUGCACCACAUUCCUAAAGAGGUCAUCAUGAAACAACUUCCUGGCAUACGAGAAUCUGCCGCUACCUUUGCUGGCGUGGACAUUCUUAGAGAAUGCAUACCCGUUAUUCCUACCGUUCACUACACCAUGGGCGGUAUACCUACCAAUUACAGAGGUCAGGCGAUCACGCAGGUGGCGCCUGGAAAGGAUAAAGUAGUGAAAGGUUUGUAUGCUUGUGGAGAAUGCGCUUGUGUAUCGGUGCACGGAGCCAAUAGAUUGGGAGCCAAUUCAUUGCUGGAAACUGUGGUUUUUGGUAAAGCGGUAGCUGAAUGUAUAACGGAGAAAAGUUGUCCCGGUGAAAAGAUCAAUUCAGAUGAUGAGUUGGGCGGGGAUACUCUGCAAAUGUUUGAUGAGAUGAGACAUAGUAAAGGAAAAUAUUCUGUUGGACAAUUAAGGCUGAUGCUGCAAAAAACGAUGCAGAGACAUGCUGGCGUAUUCCGAACUCAAGAAAUCCUCGCAGGGGGAGUCCAAAAAGUCGCUGAGCUUUAUAAAGAAAUAAACAAUAUCCAAAUCACCGAUAAAGGGUUAAUUUGGAAUACGAACCUUGUCGAAUACUUUGAACUGAAGAAUCUUUUUAUAAACGCUCUCCAAACUAUAACAGCUAUGGAGGCAAGGAAGGAAUCAAGAGGUGCCCAUGCCAGAGACGACUGUAAGCAAAGAAUCGACGAGUACGAUUAUUCCAAGCCGAUCCGCAAUCAGACAAAAAAAUCGUUUGAAGAUCAUUGGCGAAAACAUACAUUAUGCUGGAUGGAUGUUGAGCAAGGAGAGGUUAUUCUUACAUAUAGAGCAGUAACGGAUUGUACCAUGAAUGAGGCAGAAUGUCCAUCGGUACCACCUAAAAUUAGAGCAUACUAAGUAGUUAUUGUUGCAUAAAGAGAAAAGUAAUCAAAAUAGCAAAUUUCAUUUGCAUAAUUAUUAUUUAUUGUAUUGAUAUUAGCCUUUAACGAAAAAAGAGAAUAAUAAAACACUAUGAAACAAUA